AGCGGCUGGGCCAUGGGGUCUCAGGUGUUGCAGAUCCUGCGCCAGGGGGUGUGGGCCUCGCUCACCGGCGGUUGGUUUUUCGAUCCGCAUCAGAGCACCUUCUCCAACUGCUUCCAUCUCUAUGUCUGGAUCUUCUUGCUCAUCUUUCCCUUCCUGCUGUACAUGGUCCUGCCCCCCAGCUUGAUGGUGGCUGGAGUAUACUGCCUGGUGGUAGCUGUCAUCUUUGCUACCAUCAAGACUGUGAACUAUCGCCUGCACGCCAUGUUCGACCAGGGCGAGAUUGUGGAGAAACGCAAUUCUACCAUGGGGGAGCAGGAAGAAGAGGCUGCCCAGGGGGACAGCAGUCUUCGCAGGGACCCUGGUGUGGAGAUGACAGUGUUCCGGAAAGUGAGCUCCACACCCCCUGUGCGCUGCAGUUCCCAGCAUUCUGUGUUUGGCUUCAACCAGGUUUCGGAACUGCUGCCCCGGAUGGAGGAUUCUGGGCCCCUCAGAGACAUCAAGGAACUGGUCCGGGAGCAGGGCAGCAACAACGUGAUUGUGACCUCGGCCGAUCGAGAGAUGCUGAAGCUCAGCUCUCAGGAGAAACUGAUUGGAGACCUUCCCCAGACACCCCCAGGGGUUGUCCCAGACCCCUCUCUCCCCAGUACGGACUCCUCUGAGCGUUCUCCCCUGGCUGGAGAUGGUGUUCCCUGGGGUGGGAGCAGUGUGGCUGACACGCCCAUGAGCCCCUUACUGAAGGGGAGCCUCAGCCAGGAGCUAAGCAAGAGCUUCCUGACCCUGACACGGCCUGACCGGGCCCUAGUGAGGACCAGCAGUCGACGGGAACAAUGUCGAGGAACUGGAGGCUACCAGCCCCUGGACCGGAGGGGCUCAGGUGACCCCACGCCCCAGAAAGCUGGCUCUUCAGAUUCCUGUUUCAGCGGCACUGACAGGGAGACUCUGAGCAGCUUCAAGAGCGAGAAAACCAACUCUACGCACUUGGACAGCCCCCCUGGUGGGCAUGCCCCUGAGGGCAGCGACACAGACCCUCCCUCAGAGGCUGAGCUGCCUGCCUCCCCAGAUGCUGGGGUCCCCUCAGAUGAUACACUUCGUUCCUUUGACACAGUCAUUGGAGCAGGGACACCACCAAGCCAAACUGAGCCGCUUCUGGUUGUGCGGCCUAAGGACUUGGCCCUACUUCGACCUAACAAACGGCGCCCCCCCAUGCGAGGACACUCGCCACCUGGCCGUGCCCCGAGACGGCCAUUGCUGGAGGGCUCAGGGUUUUUUGAAGAUGAAGACACCAGCGAAGGUAGUGAGCUGAGUCCAGCAUCCAGUCUCCGGUCUCAGCGCCGCUACAGUACUGACAGCUCAUCAUCUACUUCUUGCUACUCCCCUGAGAGCUCCCGGGGUGCAGCAGGGGGUCCUCGGAAGCGGCGGGCUCCUCCUGGGGCUGAAGAGGGAACUGCUGUGCCCCCUAAGAGACCAUAUGGGACCCAGCGGACUCCCAGUACUGCCAGUGCCAAAACUCACGCACGUGUGCUAAGCAUGGAUGGGGCAGGGACUGAUGUCUUAAGGGCUCCCCUGGCUGGCUCCAAGGCUGAGCUGGAGGCCCAGCCAGGAGUGGAGCUGGCUGCUGGUGAGCCUGCUGUGCUGCCUGCUGAAGCCCGCAGGGGACCUGCUGCCAACCAGCCUGGCUGGCGGGGGGAGCUGCAGGAGGAAGGUGCUGUGGGGGGAGCACCUGAGGACACAGGUCAGCGGGAAUGCACAAGCAACGUGAGGCGGGCUCAGGCUAUCCGGAGACGACACAAUGCAGGCAGUAACCCUACCCCUCCAGCCUCUGUCAUGGGCUCUCCACCCAGCAGCCUGCAGGAGGCUCAGCGGGGCCGGGCUGCUUCCCACUCCCGGGCACUGACUCUGCCUUCUGCUCUGCACUUCGCUUCUUCUCUGCUGCUCACCCGAGCUGGCCCCAACGUCCACGAAGCCAGCAAUUUUGAUGACACCUCUGAGGGUGCUGUGCACUACUUCUACGACGAGAGCGCAUCUCUGAGGUGUGGGUGUCAUCAUCCCUGCUCUGCUGAUGAGGAAACCAAGGCACACCUGAAGCUACAGGCUGAGCUAGUGGUAGAACAGAGCCGUAUCCAAGGUGUGCGGCGGUCAUACACCUUUGGCCUAGCUGGAGGUGGCUAUGAGAACCCUGUGGGGCAGCCAGGGGAUCAGGCAGCCAAUGGAGCCUGGGACCGCCACUCACAUUCCUCCAGCUUCCACUCAGCUGAUGUGCCUGAAGCCACAGGAGGCCUGAACCUGUUGCAGCCCAGGCCGGUGGUUCUUCAGGGUAUGCAGGUGCGCAGGGUGCCCCUGGAGAUCCCAGAGUUUGACCUGCUGGACCAGGACUCCCUGCACGAAUCCCAGGAGCAGACACUGAUGGAGGAGGCGCCGCCCCGGGCCCAGCACAGCUAUAAGUACUGGUUUCUUCCUGGCCGUUGGACCUCUGUGCGCUAUGAGCGUCUGGCCCUGCUGGCUCUGUUGGACCGGACAAGGGGAAUCAUGGAGAACAUUUUUGGCGUUGGACUGAGCAGCCUGGUGGCCUUCCUGGGAUACCUGUUGCUGCUCAAGGGCUUCUUCACUGACAUCUGGGUCUUCCAGUUCUGCCUGGUCAUCGCCUCCUGUCAGUACUCCCUGCUCAAGAGUGUGCAGCCUGACGCAGCAUCUCCCAUGCAUGGCCACAACUGGGUGAUUGCAUACAGCCGGCCUGUCUACUUCUGCAUCUGCUGUCUCCUCAUCUGGCUGUUGGACGCCCUGGGCACAGCUCAGCCCUUCCCACCAGUCUCCCUGUAUGGCCUCACGCUCUUCUCUGCCUCCUUCUUCUUCUGUGCCCGAGACGUGGCCACUGUGUUCACCUUGUGCUUCCCGUUCGUCUUCCUCCUGGGCCUCCUGCCCCAGGUCAACACCUGCCUCAUGUACCUCCUGGAGCAGAUAGAUAUGCAUGGCUUUGGAGGCACAGCUGCUACCAGCCCACUCACUGCGGUCUUCAGCCUCACCCGAAGCCUGCUGGCUGCUGCCCUGCUUUAUGGCUUCUGCCUCGGGGCCAUUAAGACACCUUGGCCGGAGCAGCACGUCCCUGUCCUCUUUUCAGUCUUCUGUGGCCUCCUGGUGGCACUGUCCUACCAUCUGAGCCGGCAGAGCAGUGACCCCACUGUGCUCUGGUCUUUAGUCCGGAGUAAGCUCUUCCCUGAGCUAGAGGAGCGGAGCCUUGAGACAGCCCGGGUGGAGCCCCCAGACCCACUGCCAGAGAAGAUGCGCCAGUCUGUGCGUGAGGUCCUGCACUCCGACCUGGUGAUGUGUGUGGUGAUCGCUGUGCUCACCUUUGCCAUCAGUGCCAGCACUGUCUUCAUUGCCCUGAAGUCAGUGCUGGGCUUCGUGUUGUAUGCACUGGCAGGAGCUGUGGGCUUCUUCACACACUACCUGCUGCCACAGCUCCGCAAACAGCUGCCCUGGUUCUGCCUCUCCCAGCCUGUGCUGAAGCCACUGGAAUACAGCCAGUACGAAGUGCGAGGUGCUGCCCAGGUGAUGUGGUUUGAGAAGCUCUAUGCUGGCCUACAGUGUGUUGAGAAGUACCUCAUCUACCCUGCUGUGGUUCUCAACGCGCUCACAGUGGAUGCUCACACGGUUGUCAGCCAUCCAGACAAAUUCUGCCUCUACUGCCGGGCAUUGCUGAUGACUGUGGCUGGGCUGAAGCUGCUCCGCUCAGCCUUCUGUUGCCCACCCCAGCAGUACCUGACCUUGGCCUUCACCGUCCUGCUCUUCCACUUUGACUACCCUCGGCUCUCGCAGGGCUUUCUGCUCGACUACUUCCUCAUGUCCCUGCUCUGCAGCAAGCUGUGGGACCUGCUGUACAAGCUGCGUUUUGUGCUGACCUACAUUGCACCCUGGCAGAUCACCUGGGGCUCAGCCUUCCAUGCCUUUGCCCAGCCGUUUGCUGUACCACACUCGGCCAUGCUGUUCCUCCAGGCCCUGCUUUCAGGGCUCUUCUCUACCCCACUCAACCCCCUGCUGGGCAGUGCUGUCUUCAUCAUGUCCUACGCAAGGCCCCUCAAGUUCUGGGAGAGGGACUACAACACUAAGCGUGUGGACCAUUCAAACACCCGCCUAGUGACACAGCUGGACCGGAACCCAGGCGCUGAUGACAACAACCUCAACUCCAUCUUCUAUGAGCACUUGACACGCUCACUGCAGCACACCCUAUGUGGGGACCUGGUGCUGGGCCGCUGGGGCAACUAUGGUCCUGGUGACUGCUUUGUCCUGGCCUCCGACUACCUCAACGCGCUGGUGCACCUUAUCGAGGUUGGAAAUGGCCUCGUCACCUUCCAGCUGCGUGGCCUUGAGUUCAGGGGCACGUACUGCCAGCAGCGUGAGGUGGAGGCCAUCACCGAAGGUGUGGAGGAGGAUGAGGGCUGCUGCUGCUGCGAGCCUGGUCACCUGCCCCGGGUCCUGUCCUUCAAUGCUGCCUUUGGACAGCGCUGGCUGGCCUGGGAGGUGACAGCCAGCAAGUAUGUGCUGGAAGGCUACAGUAUCAGUGACAACAAUGCGGCCUCCAUGCUGCAGGUGUUCGAUCUCCGCAAGAUCCUCAUCACCUACUAUGUCAAGAGCAUCAUCUACUAUGUGAGCCGUUCUCCAAAGCUGGAGACCUGGCUGAACCAUGAGGGCAUCACAGCUGCCCUACGGCCUGUGAGAGCCCUUGGCUACGCUGACUCAGACCCUACCUUCUCACUGAGUGUUGAUGAAGACUAUGACCUUCGCCUGUCUGGCCUCUCGCUCCCAUCCUUCUGCGCUGUUCACCUUGAGUGGAUCCAGUACUGUGCUUCUAGGCGCAGCCAGCCCGUGGACCAGGAUUGGAACUCACCAUUGGUCACACUAUGCUUUGGCCUGUGUGUGCUGGGUCGCCGGGCCCUGGGGACAGCUUCACACAGCAUGUCUGCCAGCUUGGAGCCCUUCCUCUAUGGCCUGCAUGCCCUGUUCAAGGGGGACUUUCGCAUCACCUCCCCGCGUGAUGAGUGGGUCUUUGCUGAUAUGGACCUGCUUCACCGAGUGGUGGCACCUGGGGUUCGCAUGGCCCUCAAGCUUCACCAGGACCACUUCACAUCUCCUGAUGAGUAUGAGGAACCAGCAGCCCUGUAUGACGCCAUUGCAGCCAAUGAGGAACGGCUGGUCAUCUCACAUGAGGGCGACCCUGCCUGGCGCAGUGCCAUCCUCAGCAACACACCCUCCCUGCUGGCACUGCGCCAUGUCAUGGACGAUGCUUCUGAUGAGUACAAGAUCAUCAUGCUCAACCGGCGCCAUCUCAGCUUCCGUGUCAUUAAGGUAAACCGAGAGUGUGUGCGUGGGCUGUGGGCUGGGCAGCAGCAGGAGCUGGUGUUCCUGCGCAACCGCAACCCUGAGCGUGGCAGCAUCCAGAAUGCCAAGCAGGCACUCCGCAACAUGAUCAACUCUUCCUGUGACCAGCCACUGGGCUACCCCAUCUACGUAUCACCUCUUACCACGUCUCUGGCCGGCAGCCACCCCCAACUGCGAGCACUGUGGGGUGGCCCUGUCAGUCUGGGUGCCAUUGCCCGAUGGCUCCUGCGCAGCUGGGAGAGACUGCAUAAGGGCUGUGGCGCUGGCUGCAAUAGCGGUGGGAAUGUGGAUGACUCGGACUGUGCAGGGGGUGGCGGCCUGACCUCUCUCAGCAAUAACCCCCCCUUGGCACAUCCCACACCUGAAAACACAGCAGGCAGCAGUGAGCAGCCCCUCCCACCAGGUCCUAGCUGGGGGCCUCGGCCUUCCCUCAGUGGCUCUGGUGAUGGGCGGCCCCCUCCUCUGCUGCAGUGGCCUCCCCCUCGGCUCUCUGGACCACCCCCUGCCUCACCUGCUCCCACUGAGGGUCCCCGGCCCUCAAGACCUCCUGGACCUGGUCUCCUCAGUUCUGAGGGGCCCAGUGGGAAGUGGAGUCUGGGGGGUCGGAAGGGACUGGGAGGAUCUGAUGGGGAGCCAGCCUCAGGGAGCCCCAAAGGAGGCACCCCCAAAUCUCAGGCGCCCCUAGACCUCAGCCUCAGCCCUGAUGUCAGCUCGGAAGCCUCACCUGCCAGAACAACCCAGGACAUUCCUUGCUUGGACAGCAGCGCCCCUGAAAGUGUCACACCCACUGGCGCCCCAGGUGACUGGCCUGUCACUGUUGAGGAACGUGAGAGCCCAGCUGCCCAGCCCUUGCUGGAGCAUCAGUACUGAGCAGCCCUGACCUCUACUGGGUAUCAUCCCAGGACUCAGUAACUCGGACUCUGCUGGACCACAGAAAUAGACUGGCGUCUGCACCCAGAUCUCUGGCUAAUUCAGGCGGAAUCAGAACUGAGUUGAACAGACUCUCUUCCUGAUCCAUGGCCUGGAUACCCCAAAGUGAGGCAGGAGCCUCCUAGCCAGGCCCUAAGAACCAAACCCAUGGGCUGGUCCCUCUUUGAGCCCAUGGCCAGGACUGACUUUGCCCCUGGGCCUGCACUGCCUCCAAGGCUGGUCUCUUUAGCCCGGACCUGGAACCUGACAUUUGGCAAGGGUGGACCUGGGACCUGACGUGUGGCAAGGGUGGUUUCGUUCCUUCUUUUUGUCAUUUUUCUUUUUCUCUGUGCUUCAGAGACACCAAAUUAAUAACACUAUUUUUGAUUUUG